AUGGACGAUUGCCAGUCAUUCACCAAUAAAAAUGCUCCUGAAAUACAGGGGGCUACCAAAGACAUGGGGAAGAUGCUGGGUGGGGAUGAAGAGAAAGACCCAGAUGCUGCCAAGAAAGAAGAAGAACGACAGGAAGCCCUCAGGCAAGAAGAAGAAGAGAGGAAAGCCAAAUAUGCCAAAAUGGAGGCUGAAAGAGAAGUUAUGAGACAAGGGAUUCGAGACAAGGUAGGGAUCUGUCCUUCAGCACACACUGGACAACUCAUAAUGCUCAGUGGAACACUACUGUUUUUAGUUGACUUGUGA